AUGGCUGCAACUGCUCAGUAUCUGCCCAGGAAUAACACAUUGCCUUCCAAUCCUCUGAUGCAUCCGGACUCCGAUAGGAUGCACCAAGGUACCACCUACAGAGAGGUGCAGAAGAUGAUGCACCAAGAGUACCUUCAAGGCUUAGCCACUAACGCCGGCCACCCCAUGAGCCUCACUCAUCACCAGUGGUUGCCCAAUCCCACCAGUGACUGGGGGAGCGGUUCUCACCUGGCCGGGCAAGCAGACCACAAAGGUGGGGUGCAGAACAGCAGAGAGGACCUCAGCACCAGUUUCCACCACCACAGGUCGCACCUGGUCCACCAACAGACUCCCAGCACUCACGCCUGGGCGCAAGGAGGAAGCCACCACCUGUCUCCGAUGUCCCCCAGCUCCAACAGCCACCAGCCUCUCCUCUACUCGCAGUCCUCCUACACGAAUCUGAACGGCAUGCUGGGGCCCCAGGCUUCCUCCCUACACCACAGCAUGAGGGACCCCUUACACGAUGACCCAGGAGUCCACGACACCCAUGUCGAGUCGCCUCCCCAGCAUCUCAACCACCAUCAGGACCACUCCGAUGAAGACGCCCCCAGCUCCGAUGACCUGGAACAGUUUGCCAAGCAAUUCAAACAGAGGAGGAUCAAGCUGGGCUUCACCCAAGCAGACGUUGGCUUGGCCCUGGGCACCUUGUACGGCAAUGUUUUCUCCCAAACCACCAUCUGCAGGUUUGAAGCUUUGCAGCUGAGUUUCAAGAACAUGUGUAAACUGAAGCCCCUGUUGAACAAAUGGCUAGAGGAGACCGAUUCCACCACAGGGAGCCCCACCAACCUAGACAAGAUCGCAGCCCAAGGCAGGAAAAGGAAGAAGAGGACCUCCAUAGAAGUUGGGGUGAAGGGAGCCCUGGAGAACCAUUUCCUAAAGUGUCCUAAACCCUCAGCCCAUGAGAUCACCAGCCUGGCAGACAGUCUCCAGUUGGAGAAGGAGGUGGUGAGAGUUUGGUUUUGCAACAGAAGGCAGAAAGAGAAAAGGAUGACCCCAGCAGGGGUCCCUCACCCCCCCAUGGAGGAUGUGUAUUCACAAGCAGAGACCCCUCCACUCCAUCACACGCUGCAGACCUCUGUACAAUGA